UAAACAGAAGUGGUCUGUGUGAAAGUGUGUGUAGCACACACACUAACUGACAUCACUCUGGCAUGGGCAGGGUUACAUCAUCACCACUAUGACACACACAGUGCUAGGGCUGAUGGGAUACUGGUGGUGUAGCUGCCGGCGGCUGUUGCGUUGCUCAGCGUUCUUCCAUGUGACAGGGGCAGGUUCCAGCGGCCACCAUCGGACACGUGACUGACCAAUGCGGUUCUAAGUGCUGUUCUUGUUGACUAACUGUGACCGGACAGGUUCUAAACCACUGUUCUAAACAGGUUCUAGACACUGUUCUGGUGGAUGUACCCAGCUCUCACAGAAUACAGACGGCAUCUGAGACCAGAGAACAUUGAUCAAAGCGUCUACUCAGGACUGGAAAGCAAGGUAAACCCUUGCCACCCUUGUCCCCAGGUAAACCCUUGCCACCCUUUUCCCCAGGUAAACCCUUGCCACGCUGGUCCACCAUGGUGUUCAUGGGCAUGAGUAACUUUGUGGACUACCGUCUGCUGGCCAUCCUGAUGACGGGCAUGUGCCUGGGUCUGCCCGCGCUGGGCUGGGCGUUCCGCUCGCUGCACUUCCACCGGCGGUCCGGCGGCCGCGUGACGCCCUUCGCCGCGUGCCUGUUGCUAAGCGACGUGCUGGAGCUCCUGCUGCUCUCCUUCCUCAUGGUGGAGCAGCUGAACAUCUGCGACCUGAAGGUCUACCCCUGCUGGGUGUGGUUCCCUGUCUCCGUGGGCGUGCGCCUGUGCGCGCUGCACUUCCACCAGCUGGUGGCGCUAGAGGGCAUCAUGGCGCUGUCCUUCCCGCAGUGCUGGGCGCGCCUGUCUUCACCGGCCGUCGGCGUGCCCAUCAGCGUCUUCCUGUGGCUGACGGCGCUCAGCUUCUACCUGUCGCCCGUCUGCAUCGUGGUCAACGUGGUGCUGGCGGCCGUGCCCGUGGCGCUGCUAGUGGUCAGCUUCGUGCUGACGCUCAAGACGCCGCCGCACGUGGCCCCCCGGCCCUGGGACGUGCUGGGGGUUGCCGCGGUGACCCUGCUGGGCGUCAGCUGGCCCACGUGCGCGCUCUUCUUCGGCAUCCUGUCGGGCGUGGUGUGGCUGCACGUCAUCUUCUUCGUCAUGCAGCUGCGGCUGAUCACCGACCCACUCCUCUGCGUGCUGGUGUGGAGGGCCACGGGCGCCAGCGCCACCUCCAGCUCCACCACCAGACUACACAUCCCACUGCCCAUCAGCGCCACGGUGGACUGCGACUCCGUCAUCAGGAGACAGCGCUGACGUGAGAGAGAGAGACCGAAGGAUAGAGAGGGAUAGAGAGAGAGAGAGAGAGGAGAAAAGAAGAAGAGAAAGGAAGAGAUGAAAGGUUGAUUCACUUACAACUGAGUUAUAAAACGUUUCUCUGUUUCUCAGUGGAAUGAUUUUGAAUGACUGAAUGCAUUUUACAGUCGCUGAAUAUAAUCUCGUAUACUACAAUAACCUGGCCUUAAUAUCCUAACUAUAAAAUACUUUUGAUCCUAAUAUACUCCUGUGCCUAACAGCCUGCAGAUCCCUCCUCAGGCCUAAGGCUGUUAUUCAACACAACAAUACUGGAAAAUAUGUGGUUAUAGGAUGAGAAAAACCUGAGGUCACAGGUGACAGUUUCUCUUGGGUCAUGAUGUUAGCCUGACGAGCCAGACCCACAUUAAAAUGUAGGGUCUGGGCACUCACCGUUCGCAGUGCUCAGUCCAAGGGGAGGGAUAAUCGGUUGUCUUUCAAAUUCCUUUUACUUUUAUCAAAAUCACAAACAUUUGCAAUAUUUUGUCAGUUUCUUCUGUGUGUAUUUGUUAAUACCAUCUUCAAAUCUUCACAGUUAAGUAUCAAAAGCCUGUAUUGAUAAUCAAAUCUUCUGUAUGUAGGAAUGUUUAAUAAUGCAUUUAAUAACUGAAUAAUGUAAUGCCUUAUUACUAUACGACUAUUGACGGAGACUAUUGAGAUGAUGUGUCCAUCUGACUGACCCAUGUCCAUGUCUGGUCUCAGUAAACUGCAGAUGUUACAACCUC